UUCCUGUUUCUUCAGUCGUCCGUGGCUCUGAGCUGCGCCAGCCGGCGGUCCAAACUCCAAACUGUUUCGCCUCUCGUUGACUACGCGGACAGCACUUGUUCUCAAAAGCUGGAAUUAUUUCGUAUCUCCAGAUCUACAAAUAGUUCCACCAGCAGGCUAUCAUUGUCCUCCAUUUGCAUCCCUUCGUCGCUCUGGGAAAUCAUAGAGCAAUCAGGAAUUUUACUGAUAGCUAAGGAGAUAUAUUAUUUUGAACAAUGAGAUGCAUGUAUUUCUCCAUCUUGGAUAAUAUGAAGCUUAAGAGUUGCACAUUUUAUACAUCUUUCAGUGGGCCUAGAGUGACAUGGAAUGAGGACAACUUGCACGAAAUUGAAACCAACAAACCAGUGAGGCAGAAAAUAACUGAACCUAAAACGCCCUAUCAUCCUAUGGUGGAUGAUGACGGUUCUUCAUCACCAAGAAGAGCUUUUGAUGAAUGCUUGGAUGACCAAGAAGCAAUGGGAACUAUUUCAGAUGAUUUGUCUUCUCCAAGCAAACAAUUUUCAGAGAAUGGUGGUCAACCAUCUAUGGGAGUUGAAGCUGGUGCCAUGAAGCAAGAUGAAGAUUCUGGUAUAGACAAAUCAAGGCUAAGUUUCAAGGAGCACCGCAAGGCUCACUAGGAUGAAUUUCUAAAGGUGAGGGAGCUCAUGCGGUUAGGAUCCCUCUCAGAUAUUGUGCUAACUCAAGAUGACACUGGAAAAGAAAACACGAAGGCAAGUGCCUGCUCACCUUCAGCAAUGGAUUGACAGGAAAACAACAUUCCUCAAUAUCAAUCACUGUUUGAUGGCAUGGCACGCCCAGGUGAGUAUUGUUUCUCGGACAACGUGGUAAACUUUACAUUGUGUUGUUCAAAAGUUUGAGCAGGUGUUUGUCUCUUUGAAAAUGUUACUAUCUGUUAAGCAUAUGAGAACUCAUUAGUGUGGAGACAUCGCAUGUGCAUUUAAAGCUUAACAUGUACUGUCUUUUUAUCCAUCA